CAAAGUUAAUGACGUCAAAGGGAUUUUCCCGAGUAGGUUUCAUUGAUGAGUCAUCAAGAAGAAAUGAUCUCCUGAGCCGAGUCAUUUGUACUAACGGUAGAGACAGAUAGCGAACGGACAGUCCAAGAUUUCUACUGCAUCUAGGACAAGAUCCCGAAAUAUAAAUCACUACAGAUGAACGAAUUAACGCAGAUUAAGAAUCGUUGAUAAUUCAAGAUGGCGGAUUCUCAAAAACCGCCUGGCGAUGGGCAAGGACUAGGAAAAGAAGAUGUUACAUUAUAUACAAGAAAACCGAGGCAACCGUUUUCCCCAGGUGCCUCAGUUGUGAAGCAUGUUCAAAGUGCUCCAAAUAUUAGACAUCUAGGCUUUUCAGAUGAUUCACUGGGGAUAAGAUCUCGCCUACAGUUGAAUUUCAAAUCGCAAUUAGACAAUCAAAAUGGGGGUUCAGCUCCAACACUCAAGAAGCUUGGAUAUAUGACACAGAUAGAGAAGCGAUUACGUGGGUUAGAGUCAUCUGGCAAGUUGCAGGUGAAAGAUAAGACCUACAACUUUACAGCAGAUGACUUGAAGGACCUGGGAGAAAUAGGCCGAGGCAACUAUGGGACCGUAAAUAAAAUGCUACAUGAACAAAGUGAAACUAUAAUGUCUGUAAAAAGGAUACGGUCAGUGGUCAAUGAGAAGGAGCAGAGACAAAUGUUAAUGGAGUUAGAUGCUGUGAUGAGAAGCAACGAUUGUCCAUAUAUUGUGCAAUUUUACGGAGCUCUCUUUAAGGAGGGAGAUUGUUGGAUUUGUAUGGAGUUGAUGGACAUAUCUUUAGACAAGUUUUAUAAAUUUACAUAUGGUCAUUUAAAAUCCUCAAUACCAGAGGAAAUAUUAGGGAAAAUUACAGUAGCUACUGUGAAAGCUUUAAAUUAUUUAAAGGAGAAGUUAAAAAUCAUCCAUAGAGAUGUAAAGCCAUCCAAUAUAUUAUUGGACCGGCAAGGAAAUAUAAAACUUUGUGAUUUUGGUAUCAGUGGUCAGCUGGUUGACUCAAUUGCCAAAAGUCGGGACGCCGGAUGCAGGCCAUACAUGGCGCCCGAAAGAAUAGAUCCUCAUCACUCAAGUCGAGGAUAUGAUGUACGAUCUGAUAUAUGGAGUUUAGGAAUCACUCUGAUGGAGUUAGCCACUGGAAGAUUCCCAUACCCAAAAUGGAAUAGUGUAUUUGAUCAGUUAACUCAAGUUGUUCAAGGUCCCGCACCACAGCUCAACCCCUCAGAGGGACGAUUCUCAGAAGAAUUUCUUAAUUUCCUCAGUGCUUGUUUAACGAAAGAGGAAAGACAAAGGCCAAAGUACAACAAAUUGUUGGAACAUCCGUUUAUAAAACGGUACCAAGAACUUGAAGUAGACACAGCAACAUACUUUAAUAGCAUUUUAGAUCAAGUGAAGGAUUCUUCACUUCUAGAAUUGUCGCAGUCUUCAUAACAUUGGUGGACAAGUAGGGACAACCUUCUACAGUCAACACUCAGUAUAGUGACCAGACAACUUUCUACAGUCAACACUCAGUAUAGUGACCAGACAACUUUCUACAGUCAACACUCAGUAUAGUGACCAGACAACCCACUACUGUCAACACUCAGUAUAGUGACCAGACAACCUUCUACAAUCAACACUCAGUAUAGUGACCAUCAUAUAGUAACGCCAGAAAGGAAAAAGUGGGGAUGGGGAGAGGCCACCUGAUAUUCAAAAAUAUAUAUAAAACAGGGACAACUUUAUAUGAUACAUAAAACAAACUUACAUAUUUACCUAGAUACAGAUCAAAUAUAUAUCUCAACUGAUUGAUACAAAAAAUCUGUAAUUAUGUUUUUUGCAAAUUUCUGCUUUAUUUGGCAAGACCCAGUUACCAGAACAAAUUGUUCUAAAUGUCUCUCUUGCUGGUAAUAGGAACUUUCUGAAUUUAGGUGGUAUCUUCAGAAGUGUUCAUAUCUGUAAGCAAAAAUAAAAUUAUCAUGGUAAGUUGUCUUUGCUUGAAAAUUCCAUUUCUUUCUUUAAAAUGUUAUAAAUGAAGUGUACCUGUUAUUUUAUGGUAACUAAAAAAUUCUUAAUUUUUGUGACAACAGGGAAAAAUGAAAUUUAAAAACAAAAUUGUGACCAAAAUUGCAGAAAUUUACAAAAAUAGACAAUACUGCAAUAAACCAUUUAAAACUGUUUUUGACGAUAAAUUAAGACAGACUUUUUUUAAAUUUAAAUAAAUUCUUACGGCCAACUUUGGAGUUCUAUAGGAUUAUGUAUUGUAGGAAUGCAUUUUUGUAUAUUUAAAGAAAAAUCAAGGAAAAAUCCCAUUACAGAAAAAGUAGAUCUAUCUAACAGUUCUGGUGAAAGUGUACUUAAAGAGAAUACUCUGUGUACAAAAUUGCAAGAUAUUCAGUCCACUGUCAAAACAGACCAUAUACCUCAUGUACAGUGAUACAUUGUAACUCGUAGCAGAGUAGGAUACUUUCCUGAUACAGUAACCAUGGAAACAAGUUGCUGUAGAUACAAUUUUACCAGAUUACAAAUCACAACUAGAUCUGCAAUAGUAAAGAAGUGUUUUAAAAAAAAUAAAUCAGUGUGCAGCAUCAUUUUAUGUCUGAAACAGUAUCAUUUUCUUGCAUUUAACAUUUUACAAUGCUUAUAGCACACAGAAUGGUCUUUUGUAUAAUGUUUAUACCAGACCGACUAUGUGAAGAUAAGAAGUGAUUGACUGGUUGUACCAUUUCAUAUAUAGUUUUGUCAGGAGACGAGGCUCGAUAGAUUCUUGUGUUUAUAAAAUGUACAAUGGAACAUUGCUUCUCUGACUUUUUUUUUUUUUAUAAAUAAUUCAGUGAUAAAAAUUAAAAUAUCAGUAAUACAAACCAUUCAGGAUAAUGUGUUAAGUUGAUCAUAUUAAUAUAAACAUGUUUAUUAUUUGAUAUGAUUAAACUCAUUUUUUACGAAGUAUAUAUUUACAUUUUAUUUGCUGACAGAUGAUUAGAUGUAUAGCAGUGUCCCCUCAUAUUAAAUAAUGAAUGUGUUUAUAUAGAUAUGCUUAGCUGACACUGUAUCAUAAAUCAUUGGUACAUGUAGUUGUACAAAGGCAGAAACAAAAAAAAUAGACUAUUGUUUGGACACGGUGGUACUUGCUAAGUUAAUGGCAGGAGGAAAAACUUGCAACUAUCCUUUUUCUCUGUCAAUUGAAUGAAAUCAGUUAAAAAAUUAUUAUUGUAACAUUUUUAUACUGACUUUUUUUAAAAUUAAUAAGAUUUUAAUUCCUUUAUGCUUAUUGUGCCGGAGCAAUUAUACUACAGGCAUAAUUUUGUAUUGAAGAUUGUAUCGUUUCCAUUUUGUUUUUUAACAUCAUGUUUUUGCAAAGUUGUAAAACUUUAAUUUCACAGGAGCACAUGUAAAAAUGAUACAGGGUCUUCAUUCAUUUUCAAAGUAAAAUUCUAGAUCUAAUUGUUACAGAUAUGUAUAUAUUACUAUUUAUGUUAAUUUGCAAAUUGUUUUAGUUUGAUAGUAGGAUAUAACGCAGCAUGAAUUCUAUUAAGGCAGUGAAGACCUUACAACUGAAUAUAUUUGCAACAGGUAUCGCAGGGCUUCGAUGAUAAUUUUCAUGUGCCAUUACAUAUAACUGUUCCUUAGAAUAUGAUGUUAGUCCCAUGGAUAUGAAGAGAGUUAGAAUUAUUGUACCAUAUUCACCUGUAUUUUGAUGUUGACAAGCUAGUUAGAGAUGUAUGUUGUACUAUACUGAUUGCUGGGUGUAGAGAUGUUGAUUCAGGGACAUUUUGGUCGCCUUACAUUCUGCUAAACACUCAAUAAUUCCUUCUCACUGAACAAGUGUAGUUUUUAGUAACUACCUAUCUUGUUUGUUUGCAGAGAUAUAUAUAACUUAAAUACUGCCCUUUAUCACAUGACUCAUAAAUUACCAGUUGAUAGUAAGUUCUGUUAACUAGUCUACAGUUUAACACUAAAUUUUGUUGAGCUGAAGUCAAAAAUUAAGGUGGUGGGGGGAAGAGAAAAUUUAUGUCUGAUGUCAUGUUAUGAAAUGCUUACUGAAGGGCUUGCAAGUAAAUUGUCAGAACUGUUGGCCAUAGGACUUUCGGUUUUAGCUUUGACUAUUGAACUGUUCAGUAAGUGUUCAGCAGUUUAGUAUUACCAGUGUACAGUGUGACUCUUUAUUACUAAUCCAUGGUGUGACUACUCUCAGUUACUAUUCAGAGUAUUUGAUUAAUCACAGCUUUGUUCACUUGGGUAUGAAAUAAGCUCACUUAGAUAUGAAAUAAAUUCACUCCAUUAUGAAAUAAGAAUGAUGUCUAUGUUGACCAUCCAGUCUGUGUUUUCUUAAAGUCGAAACUACAAUUCUUAUAUUAUGUUCAUUGAUUUGUUUCUGUACCCAUUCAAAUUGUUCUAAAUUUAUAGGCAGUUGUGUACGUUGUUGUACAGGUUCUGAGGUUAAAAUGGCUAAUAGGACCAAUACCGAGUUCACAGCACAAUGCUUUAUUUUCUGAUUAAAAGUAUAGUUAAGUUUGGUUACCUUAUGGAAAUAAGACUAUAAGGAUGUUAUUGAACUACCUGUGCAAGACAGGGUUUUCCAAAACCAGAGGGACAGCAUGGGAUUGAAAAACCAGUACAAUCAAAGCUUUUUAUCCAUCUUGUUUGGAUGCGUUGGGAAAACAACUGUCUUACUCAGGCAGACAUGUUAGAUCACUUUUCUUGCCUACCAUUAAUAUAUUUGCAACAUUUUCAAAGAUAUUUUAAACUAAAAACUUUUCAUACACUAUUACCUCAAUAUGUGCACAUGUAGUGAAACUUUUCCUGGUUAUCUUUCCUUGCUAAGUGGGCAAGAAAUUUGUAACCUCUUCUCCAGUUGUGACCUCGGACAUUUCAUUACAGUAUAUAUUAUUUGCAUAUGGUUUAAAUGAACACAAUGGGAUUGAAAUUUAAAUAAUGUGAAUAAGUCAUAACUUUCUCAGUUUAUAAGUUUUUGUAAAGCUUUAACCUCCAGUUAUCAGAUGGUCUUUUCACCAAGCAAAGAACGGGCCUGUCCUCAUUGUUAAUACAUUGUUUUUAAUUGUAAGCAAGUGGGAUGGAAAUAUUGAGUGUGUCAUUGACCAUUCCAGUGUUAAACUGCUUUGUUUUUUUUAUUUUUCAGUGUUAAGAAUGGUUGAGUCAGGCCAUUUGUCUGUCUGUUCUACUCCACACUAUAUAAAAUUUAAUAUAUAAAAUAUAUACUCAUAUAUAAAGGUUUUAUUCUAGGUGUAUCAAAAUUGAAAGAGCAUUUUCUCAGGUAUGACAGUAUGCGCACCACUCUGAAAUAAUCAAGAAGUUUUUAGAUUUAAGUUACAGAAAAUUAAAUCUGUAAAAAAAAAUUUGACAGGAGUGUUUAUUGUACUACUAUAAACCUCAGAUAUAUAGGUUGGAGUGUAGCUAACAGAGAAGUGGUGAUGACAUGUGUUGAGUUAGUGUUUGCUUUGUUGAUGAUAUUGGCAAGUGCUGUGUAUAGGUUGAACAUUCUGCUCUAUGAAUGCUUACAUACCUUUUUAUUGUACAUUGAUUGUUAAGUUAUGCUUUGUUUUUGUGUUGAUAAAUUGAUAUUAACAUGCAAGGAAAAAUACAUGUAUAUGACAAUAAUUUCGUGACAAUUUUUACACUUGAUGUUAUAGAUUUUUUUACAAGAAAACAGGUGUAGUGUUGAUACUGAUACUCAAGUAUGUUACAUAAAGCUUUGUAUAUUGUAGAGUCCUGGAUAUAUUGAACCUGUUAUAUUUACAAUGGUUGUAUUUACAACCAAAGAUGAAUAAACAACUUUGCUAGAGCAAAGGGAGUUAAUUUUCACAACAGAAAUAAUCUAACAUUUUACUGAUCAGAACAAAAGACAAACAUGCGUUGCGGUUGUCAUUACAUACUGUUUACAUAGACUACGGUAGAUGUAAUAUAGUUAAGGUGAGCUACAGAAUCAUUUUCUGUCGUAAAAAAGUUCCAGACAGUGAACUAGUUUUCACAGGCCUGUUUUUAUCUAAACAUAUAUUCUAAAUACAAGACAAACAGUUACACAACUAGGUUUUUUUCUUGUUGGAAGACAUAAGUUAACAUGAAGAUGUAUCUAAGACUAAAUAGACAGUUGAAUCAUGUAGUUAUCACUGUAUGAGCCGCACCAUGAGAAAACCAACAUAGUGCAUUUGCGACCAGCAUGGAUCCAGACCAGCUUUGGCAUCCGUGCAGUCUGGUCAGGAUCCAUACUGUUCGCUAACAGAUUCCCUAAUUGCAAUAGGGUUUGAAAGCGAACAGCAUGGAAUCUGACCAGACUGCACGGAUGCGCAUGCUGGUCGCGAAAGCACUAUGUUGGAUUUCUCAUGGUGCGGCUCAAUUUUGAUUUACAUUGUACUGGUAAGGAGAAAAUACAGUCACCUGAUUUGAUAAAUCAUUUUGUAAAAACAAUUUGAGCCAGUGCAUGACAAAAACUCGCAAAUGAUUUCAAGCUGUCGGAUAAGAAAGUUGACAUCAUUGCGAUGUCCUACAAGAAGUAAAAAAAGAAAAGAAUAAAAUUCAUAGGAUUGUAUAUUGUAAGGCAUAAUAUAUGAAAAUAUUUGUUGAAUGUGUCUAUCUUUAAUUUAUUUGUGUUUUAUAAAGGAAGUGGAAAGUAAAUAUUUCAACUUAGUUGUAUUCCUUUGCAUGCAGUGGCUCAUUUAUGUUUACUGAAUAGAAAGUUGUGUGUAAAUUUUUAAUCAUGAUGUCAACAAGGCCAGCUAAUGGCUGUAUAUUCCCGAUUUUUGACCUUCCAUUUUUUUUCAAUGUUUACAAACAAUAUCCAAACACAUGUGUAGAUUUUACUGAGCACUUUAAUAGUACAUUGUAUACAAGCAUACAUAAUAAUGUGAUAUUUCUCAGCAGAAUAUAAUAGUUUAUACCAUUUAGGUUAUGUAUAUGUAUUUCAUCAUCAGUGGGUCUUCUAACUCAUUCUUUCGGACUCUUCUUUGACGGAACAUUUUCAAAUAUUCUCAUACAGGUACUAGUAUAUCAUACUUCACAGUUUUAUCACUAUCCAGCUGAUGAUACAAGAGGAGAAUCAAUUAAAUAUGGUAUAUGUUUGUUAAAACUAAGGUAGUGGCUAGAUAAUGGAACAGGUUCUCUAGACACCAAACUUAUUCUACCGGAAUCGGUCCUCUAGCGUAUAGGUUAGAGGGCCAGAAUAUUUUUCUAUGCAUAUUACUGCCGAUAUGUAGAUAAUAAUGAUAAUUAAAGUUAUCGAUUCAGCAAGUCAAACGAGGGCUUACUUUUUCAUUUAUGCGAGUUUAUCCCAUAUUUGCUGGUAUCUUUACCAAUUUAGUAGUGAUUCGUUAUCAGCCAUUGUAGUGCAGUACAAGUGUGAUUUCAUUAUGUACGAAGACAUGGCGCACGAUAAAUAAAAACAAUUUCACAGCUAAUAGCACACCUUUUGAAAUUGUGAUAGUAAAUAUUCAUCUUAGCUCUUAAAAAAGGAAAAAUUUUGGGAUUUAUUUAUUUAUUAUAAUAAUGAUAAUUGAAACAAUAUUCAUCAUGUACCUGGUAGCCGUAAAUGUGUAUUUCUGUUCUCAGUAUAAUAUAAUGGCUUCUAUACCGAUGACUUGCAAGUUAUUCAUAGAGGUAAAUGUCUUAUCAAAAUAGCAGACAAUGGAUACUGUAGAAUAAGAUAUCAAAACAGUGUAAAGUUAAACAAACAUAAAUGAACAAGUAAACCCACGACUGAAUUGCUGAAUUGGUAACAUUUAAGUAAAUUAAUAUUACCAAUUUGACAAAAUGUUAUCAUUAUCAACCAUAUAUAUCAGAGGUAAUAUGUAUAGAAAAAAUUCUGGUCCUCUAGCCUAUACGCGUGGAGGACCGAUUCCAAAUAAGUUUGUUGUCUAGGGAACCAGUUCCUGUUCUCUAGCCACUGCCUAAAAUUAACUUGUCUUAAUUGAAAACACUUCAAGGUACAAAAACUCAGCUUUACUGUUCAAAUUUACAUAGAGAAUAUACAUUUUUAGCUUUGUCUGAGUAAAUGUAAAUAUAUUAGGUAUAUUUAAAUUCUGCUACUCAGUCUGCAGGAUUAUUGUGUAAAUGAUUAUGAUGUUGCAUAAAGUUUUGUGUACAGUCCUUGGACGAGACAAAAUUUUGUAUGUGUUGUUCAAAGGAUAUAAAAUCAUUGUGUUAUCAUUUGUGUAUAAAUCAUAAAACAGAAAGCUAUAAAAUGUCACAGUGAUAAUUGCCUUUAAAAAAAAAAAAGACCCAAAAUAAACUGUAAAAAAUCA